AUGCAGGGACCGAGCACGUCCGUGCCGGAGGAGAAGCUGCCGCUGCUGGCCACGCGCAGCGAGCCCAUCGUCCGCGGCUCCUUUGGCUCGCCGCGCGAUGAGCGCAGUGACACACCUCGCAGUGACACACCGCGCAGCACGAGCUCGCCCGUGCCCGACCAGAGUCCGUCGCCGGCCGACACCGACAACCGCGUCUCUCUCGACGUCUCGCCGGUGUCCUUCGGACGCUCACCAGGUAGCUACGCAGCGACGUUCGACCCGCGUCGGAUCAACAACGAUUGGACGGGCAACCUGCAGUCGGAGCUCUCGGAGGCGGCGCUCUACUCGGAUGUGUCGAAUGCGAAGGACCAGCUCAAGAAGUCCAAGGCGCAGCACAUGGAGUCGUUCGACUACGAUUUCUUCGAGUCGCGUGUCAACCAGCAGCACGAGCUCGAGUCGAACGAAGAGACGAUCCGCGCGCUCAACAUGGGCCGCUGGAUCAUGACCUUUGGCAUUGGCCUCGGCACGGCCGGCGUCGCGUGCUUUAUUGAGAAGUUCACUGACCUCUUCUCCGAGUUUCGCCGCGACGCAAUGGAAGAGAUGAUCGAGAAGGAGCGCCACCACGAAGCGGCCUUUGGCAUGGCUUUCCUCACGUACGCCGCCAUCUCGGUCAUGUAUGUGAGCGUCGCCACGUACUGCGUCGCGAUUCUGUGCCCCGUCGCUGGUGGCUCGGGCAUUUCCGAGAUCAAGGCCACGCUCAACGGCAUCAAGAUCCACCGCAUCGCGAUUGGCAUCCUCUUCUCGGUCGCGGCCGGUCUCCCGGUCGGGAAGGAGGGCCCGAUGAUCCACUCGGGCGCGAUCAUUGGCGCGGGUCUCUCGCAAGGCAAGUCGUCGUCGUUCGGGCUCGAUACGAGCUGGACCAAGUUCAAGGGCUUCCGCAACGACAAGGAGAAGCGCGAUUUCAUCUCGUGCGGUGCGGCCGCCGGCGUCGGCGCGGCCUUUGGGGCGCCGAUUGGCGGUGUCCUCUUCGCCCUGGAAGAAGGCGCUUCAUUCUGGCACCAAAACCUCACGUGGCGCACGUUCUUCUGCGCCAUGGUGUCGGCGUUCGUCGUCAACUUGUACAGCGCGUUCCGGUCCGAGGUCGACGACGACGACAGCCGGUGGGGCCACCUCGGCAACCAAACGGGCACGCUCUCGUUCGGCUCGUUUUCCGAAAACAACAAGAGCUACGCGGUGUGGGACGUCCCGAUCUUCCUGGCCAUGGGCAUGAUUGGCGGCCUCAUGGGCGCGAUCUUCAACCAGGCCAACACGAUUUUGACCAACUUUCGCCGGUCGUCGCCGCUCCUCAGUCAUCGCUACGGCCGGUUUCUCGAGGCCAUGGUCAUCUGCCUUGUCAUGGCGAUCACGAGCUUCUGGCUCUCGUACCGCUUUGGCACGUGCCUUCCUCUCGAUGGGCCGUACAAGGAGCAGCUCGUCCAGUUUUACUGCGCCGAGAACGAGUACAACGACCUCGCGUCGCUCUACACGGUGGCGUUUGCGACCUCGAUGAAGCAGCUCUUCCACUUUACGACGCCGGCGUCCUUCACGCUCUCGUCGCUGCUUGUCUUCUUUGGCUCGUUCUACAUCAUGGCGUGCUGGACGUACGGUAUUGCGGUGCCGUCCGGGCUCUUCGUCCCAAGUCUCCUAGCCGGCGCGGCCUACGGUCGCAUCUGGGUCCACUUUCUUGAAGCCGCGCACAUCCCGCACACUGCACCGAUUGGCAUGUUUUCACUCAUUGGCGCGGCCUCGAUGCUCGGCGGCAUGGCGCGCAUGACGAUCUCGCUCACGGUCAUCAUCCUCGAGUGCACGGGCGUCAUCGAGUGGGGUCUUCCCAUCAUGGUGUGUCUCAUGAUGGCGCGCUGGGUCGGCAACAGCUUCAACCACGGCCUCUACGACAUCCACAUCCACCUCAAGCACCUCCCGUUCUUGGAGUUUGACCCGCCGUUUUACGCGCGCUACCUCCGCGUCGCCAACAUCAUGGGCUCGCCGGUCGUGUCGCUCGACCACAUUUCCAAGGCCGGCGCCAUCUACGAUGUCCUCCGCGCGUCGGCGCACUCGGGCUUCGCGGUCGUCGCGCCCGGGAAGGAGAACGACACGCCCAAGUUUGUCGGCAUCAUCCAGCGCAAGCACCUCUGCGUCAUGCUCCAGCGCAAGGACUUUAGCGUCGCGCGCCCGAUCCCGUUCACGCGCCAGCCCGCGAGCGAAGAGAGCUUCCUCUACAACGAGCAGUACGCCCUCUCGUACCGCGACAUCGAGUCGACGUAUCCUCGGUACCCCAACAUCAACGAAAUCCGGCUCGACUCGACCGAGCGCGAGCUCUGGAUGGACCUCACGCCGUACAUGAACCCGACGCCGCACACGGUGCAGGACCAGAUGCCGGUCCCGCGCGCCUUCCGCCUCUUCCGGUCGCUGGGGCUGCGCCACUUGAUUGUUUUGAACCGCAGCAACGAGGUCAAGGGCAUCAUCUCGCGCAAGGAUUUGACCGAAGAGCAUUUGAAGGAGUCGCUCGAGAACCUCACCGAGAUGGAGAAGAUCCGCAUCCAAGGCUACUUUAACCGCAACAGCCGCUACUCGCAGCUCUCGCACCGCUUUCUCGACGUCGAGAAGACGCUCCUCUCCAUGUCGGACAACGCGUAG